CAAAUUUUCUGAUUUUUGAAACCCUCCCACUGCCGAAGUUGGGCAGACGAAGUAACUGCGAGGGGACUGCAAGCCCGGCAAGCUCUUGCUGAAAAGCUGCCGAAGCUGCUCCCACCCCUCCCCCCGACCCCCCCGAUUGCUCCCUCCCUCUGAGCUACAUGGUCUAUUUGCUGCCUCUCAUCCUGUGUCUCUGCAGAUGUUUUAGAGCAACAGGUUCAGGAACUUGAAAUAUAGGGGUGGGGAAAGAGAAGGGAAAAAAAAAUCAAAACCAAAAAGGAAGGAAAGAAAGAGCCGUCAGCGGAGGAAGAACAACCCCAGCGCAAGAGGCAAAGAAGACGGGGACUGCCCUGGUCGUCGCUGCUGCUCCUGCCGCCCCCACCCCUGCUCGGGGAUGUACCUUUCCAUUUGUUGCUUCUUCUUCUGCUGGGCUCCCGCCCUGUCGCUGAAGAACCUGAAUUACUCGGUGCCGGAGGAGCAGGGAGCGGGCACGGUCAUCGGGAACAUCGGGCGCGAUGCGCGGCUGGCGGCAGGCGCGGCGGGAGGCGGGAUGCUGCCCGCGGAGCGUGGCGUUCCCGGUGGCGGCCCCGGGGGCGGCCGCGGCCCCAAGUCCACCUUCCGGGUGCUGGAGAAUUCAGCCCCGCACCUCCUGGACGUGGACGGGGAGAGCGGGCUGCUCUACACCAAGCAGCGCAUUGACCGUGAGGCGCUGUGCCGGCGCAGCGCCAAGUGCCAGCUCUCCCUCGAGGUGUUCGCCAAUGACCAGGAGAUCUGCAUGAUCAAAGUGGAGAUUCAGGACCUGAACGACAAUGCACCAUCAUUCCCCUCUGACCAAGUGGACAUGGACAUCUCUGAAAAUGCUGCACCAGGCACCCGCUUCCCCCUCACCAGCGCCCACGACCCAGACGCUGGGGACAACGGUCUGCGCACCUACCUGCUCACUCGUGAUGACUACGGCCUCUUCUCCCUCGAUGUGAAGUCCCGUGGUGAUGGCACAAAGUUUCCGGAGCUGGUCAUCCAGAAGCCAUUAGACCGUGAGGAGCAGAGUCACCACACCCUGGUGCUGACGGCACUGGAUGGUGGUGACCCACCACGCUCAGGCACGGUGCAGAUCAAUGUGCGCCUCAUUGACUCCAAUGACAACAGCCCCAUCUUUGAGGCAGCCUCCUACGUGGUAGAGCUGCCAGAGAACGCACCGCUAGGCACAGCAGUCAUUGACCUCAAUGCCACUGAUGCCGAUGAGGGUACCAAUGGAGAGGUGCUCUACUCCUUCAGUGGCUACGCACCUGAGCGUGUCCGUGACCUGUUUAGCAUUGACCCACAGAGCGGCCUCAUCCGUGUCAAAGGCAACCUGGACUAUGAGGAGAGUGGCCUCAUUGAGAUUGAUGUCCAAGCUCGGGACUUGGGGCCAAAUCCCAUCCCUGCUCACUGUAAGGUCACUGUCCGCCUCAUCGACCGCAAUGACAAUGCUCCCACCAUUGGCUUUGUCUCCGUUCGCCAGGGAGCUCUGAGUGAGGCUGCCCCACCAGGAACUGUCAUUGCCCUGGUGCGGGUCACUGACCGUGACUCAGGCAAGAACGGGCAGCUCCAGUGUCGGGUGCUGGGUGGUGGUGGCGGGCCCGGUGCCAUUCCUUUCACCCUGGAGGAGAACUAUGACAACUUCUACACUGUGGUCACGGACCGACCCCUGGACCGUGAGACGCAGGACGAGUACAAUGUGACCAUCGUGGCACGUGAUGGGGGCAAUCCCCCACUUAACUCCACCAAGUCAUUUUCUGUCCGGAUCCUUGAUGAGAAUGACAACCCACCCCGCUUCAGCAAGAAUCUUUAUGUGUUGCAGGUGCCUGAGAACAACAUCCCUGGAGAGUACCUGGGUUCAGUCUUGGCCCAGGAUCCUGACUUGGGCCAAAAUGGGACAGUGUCUUACUCCAUUCUGCCUGGGCAUGUGGGAGAUGUCUCCAUCUACACCUAUGUCUCUGUCAACCCCACAAAUGGUGCUAUUUAUGCUCUGAGGAGCUUCAAUUAUGAGCAGACAAAGCACUUUGAGUUCCGCGUGCUGGCCAAAGAUUCGGGUUCACCCCACCGUGAAAGCAAUGCCACAGUGCGCGUCACCGUGCUCGAUGUCAACGAUAACGCACCCCUCAUCGUCCUGCCUGCCCUCAUCAAUGACACUGCUGAGCUGCAGGUGCCACGCAAUGCUGGGGUGGGCUACCCCGUGGGCACCGUCCGUGCCCUGGACAGUGACUUUGGGGAGAGUGGGCGCCUCACGUAUGAGAUUGUGGAAGGUAAUGAGGAGCACCUCUUUGAAAUGGACCCCACCAGUGGUGAGAUACGCACCUUGCACCCCUACUGGGAAGAGCUCAGCCCUGUGGCUGAACUGGUGGUAAAAGUCAGUGACCAUGGCAAACCCAGCCUCUCCGCUGUGGCCAAGCUCAUAGUCAGGGCUUUGGCGGGGCCCCUGCCCGAGGCUGGCGAGCCACAGGUGAAUGGCGAGCAGCAUCGGCGGCCACACUGGGACUUGUCGCUGCCGCUGAUUGUGACACUGAGCACUGUCUCCAUCAUCUUGCUGGCUGCCAUGAUCACUAUUGCUGUGAAGUGCAAGCGAGAGAACAAGGAGAUCCGCACCUAUAAUUGUCGCAUUGCCGAGUAUAGCCACCCUCAGCUGGGAGGAGGGGGAGGCAGUGGCGGGGGAGGAGGAGGCAGUGGCAGUGGAGGGGGCAAGGGCAAGAAGAAGAAGAUCAGCAAGAAUGACAUUAUGCUGGUGCCCAGUGAGGGCGAGGACAGCCGGGGUCCCCUCAAUGUCAUGAACGUGGUGAGCAGCCCAUCCCUGGCCACCUCACCCAUGUACUUUGACUACCAGACCCGCCUGCCCCUCAGCUCUCCCAGGUCUGAGGUGAUGUACCUGAAGCCCGCCUCCAACAACCUGACUGUACCCCAGGGACAUGUGGGCUGCCACACCAGCUUCACAGGGCAAGGGACUAACGCCAGCGAGGCUCCCCCGAGCCGGAUGUCCAUAAUUCAGACAGACAAUUUUCCCGCAGAGCCCAAUUACAUGGGCAGCAGGCAGCAGUUUGUUCAAAGUAGCUCCACGUUCAAGGAUCCAGAAAGAGCCAGCUUGAGGGACAGCGGGCAUGGGGACAGUGAUCAGGCUGACAGUGACCAAGACACUAACAAAGGCUCCUGCUGUGACAUGUCUGUUAGGGAGGCACUCAAGAUGAAAACUACUUCAACUAAAAGCCAGCCACUUGAACAAGCAUUCCCGACUUUGCUUUCCUUUGCUAUCCUCACCCUACAUACCAUCACAAGUAGACUUCAGUCUGUUGAUCUGCUUCUUUCAGAACAGCAAGGCAGAGGCCAAAGACCCAUUGUUGGGAUCUGUGGACCAGCCCGCUGUGAGGAUGGAAAAUUUUCAGAACAAGAAGAAUGUGUUAACUGCACAGAUGAAUGCAGAGUGCUUGGUCAUUCUGACAGGUGUUGGAUGCCACAGUUCCCUGCAGCCAGUCAGGCUGAGAAUGCAGAUUAUCGCACAAAUCUCUUUGUACCCACAGUUGAAGCUAACGUUGAGACUGAGACAUAUGAAACUGUGAAUCCCACUGGGAAAAAGACUUUUUGUACAUUUGGGAAAGACAAGAGAGAGCACACUAUUCUCAUUGCCAAUGUUAAACCUUACUUAAAAGCCAAACGUGCCCUGAGUCCUCUGCUUCAGGAGGUUCCCUCAGCAUCGAGCAGCCCAACCAAGACAUGCAUUGAGCCUUGCACCUCAACAAAAGGACCACUGGAUGGUUGUGAAGUGAAAUCAGGAGCCUUGGCUGAACCAAGCAGCCAGUACUUGUCAACUGACAGUCAGUAUCUAUCGCCCAGUAAACAGUCAAAGGACGCUUCCUUCAUUGCAUCAGAUCAGAUGGCUAGGGCCUUUGCAGACGUGCACUCCCGAGUGAGCCGAGACUCCAGUGAGAUGGACUCUGUUCUGGAGCAGUUAGACCGUUCAGCCCGGGAUCUAGGCAGGGAGUCGGUGGAUGCCGAGGAAGUUGUGAGAGAAAUAGACAAGCUCUUGCAGGACUGUCGGGGAAGCGACCCUGUGGCCAUCAGAAAGUGAGGGGGAAAAUAAGGACAGGCUGGCAGUUGCAUUCCUCUUCUGCUGAUUGAAAGUAAAUAAAUAAGUAAAUUCCCUGGUUGUUACAGAAUUACAGGAAUGAAGGAAGACCAAUGCUGCUUUAAGGCUUUUAGUGAACAUCUGAAGUGCCCACAAGUAUGUUCUUUUCACUGCUCUUUCUUUUUGACAGAUAACACUGGUUUCAUUUUGACCAAACUUUCAUUAGGACAGAGUCAAGUACAUCAAGAACAAAAUGAAAGAAGGAAAGACAGUGCCAUUUUGACAAUCUCAUAGGAAGGUGUGAGAAAGAUGGAAUGGAAAUACGUCUGAUUCUUUAAGACUGUCCUCAAUAGCUGAUGCUGACUUUACCGUUUACGUAUAAACCCCCAGAAAAACAGGGUUGAAUAAUGCUGACCUGUGGUGAAUUUCCAGCAGCCACCACAGGCUUCUACUGAAAGUCCUAUAAAGAGUUCUUGUAGUAGUCCAAGCGACACCAAACAUUAACAUUCAUUUGUGGUAAACAUUUAUGUACAAAGUUAUCUGCCACAAAUAUGAAAUACAAAAAAAAAAAAAAAAAAAAAAAAAAAAA